AUGCAUUCUUACUUCACCUCAGUUAAAGUUGGUUUCUGGAGUUUAAAACACUAUGUCGACUGGAUUAUAAAGAAUGAAAGUGAAUUACCGUUAUGGGAAACGUGUUUGGCUGACUUUUACGGCUCGUCGGAAUUUAUAGUUAACCAUAGAUCAUUACCACGACUCGAUCGUGUUGUUGCUGAAAAAAUCCUAAAAGCUAAAGAGCUUCCCGAAACCAAGGAACUUAUUGAAGACCUUCGAAUACCAUACGAACGGGCAUACGACGGAAAAUAUGGAAAAUCUAUUUAUAAGGCUGUGCAUGUGCAACAGGAAGAGAAUAUAUUUGUUUCAGCGAGCAAAAAAAUGCGAACGAAAAAGGAGAAGGUUCAGGGUGAAGAGUGUGUCUCGAAAAAUGAGAAUUGCCUUCUUAUUUCGGAGGAAUCGGAAUUCUUUCCAAAUGAUUAUAACAAAGAAAAUAUUGACGAUGAGGAUGAAUUCGAUGUCAUGGACAAAAAUCUUUACACGGAAAGGAAAUGGAAGCUAGAGUCAGGAAGGUUUGUUGAAGAUGUACUCUAUGAGCUUGGAAUGAAAUGCCGAUACUACAAUCUUGUUCACUCUUUCAUACUCGAUCCUACGGAUGAGUUUAUUAAAAACGCAUUCAAAGAAAAGGAGUUAUCUGAAAUAAUUAAUAAGGAGAACGGGAAUGAUCCACUGGAAAUUGAUGAUGAGAUCCUCGAGUACAUAAACACAUUCGCAAAGGACUCUACAAAGGAAAUACGAAUAGCGUUGAAUACGCCACAUCGCCGACUUGGGAGCAAUUACAAUCCACAGAAUGAUUUUGUCUACGAGCACGUAAGAACGACGGUUUCUGAUUGGGUCCGACUUCUCGAAAUGCAACCAAAUCCAUUAGCUUUGGACAUGCCAGAGGCAUGGUAUCGCAUAAAUGUUUGGAGGUCGAUCGAUAUCGCGUUUUCGGAUACGCCAUAUACUUACGUUGUUGGAGGUGAGAAAGCCGGAUUAGCUUCUUCUGAGAGAAAAAAUCGUCACAGGACUUUGUCGAACACUGAACUGAUCCAACGAAAAGCGAUCGGAAAAAAGGGAGACGCAUACAUUAGAACUAUUGGGUCGACAUCAACGGACUGGGGGGCAUCAGAAGCAGGUCAUAAGUGGGAAGGUACGUCUGGUACUAAGCUAAUAAAAGAAUUGGGGCUAACCUUGCCGAGAACUCUUAAAGAUAUUUUAAUCCAUCUUGCUGGAAAGAUUCAUUUUGCUGAAGAAAAGCUGAGGAAGCUGAACAUAGUCGGCUUCGCUCACGCAGGUGCGGUGUUGAUUAGGACAAAUCUUGACUGCCCAGCUGGAUACACCUGCAGAUAUACGAAAGGAGAUCCACUUGAAGUUUAUGCUGAUGCAAAUAACUUUAGUAAAUCCUUGGACGUGCUGAUCGAGAUAAUAUGUGGCAAGCUCCUAAUACUUAAGACGAUGAAAGUUAUAAACGGUGGUAUGGACAGUCAAAACAACAUUGCAAGAUGGAAACAACGGGUAAAGUCAGAGAGUUCGGAUGUUUCUAUAACAAUACCUGACGUUCAUCCAUCACCGAAGAAAUGGAGAAUGGUACAGGUUCCGAGUUCGAAGAAAAAGAAGAUUAGUUCUCGUUCACACCCAUUAAAUGAUUCUCAAAAAACCAAUGCACUGGAGGAAAGUGUCUUGGCCAUGCCUGCGCAACAGAGCCCUAAAAAUACUUGCAUUAUAUAUAUUGAAAUACAGUACCUCUCAGAGGACAUUCUUCGUGAAGAGCCAGAUUUUUCAUCGAUUAAAUCACUUUUUUCUCAUAUUCAUUCGAAAAAAGAAAAGCCGUCAGGGUAG